AUGGCAACCAUAGGCCAGACGAUCGCAGUAUUUGACAAGUCGGGAAAGGUGGUGAGCACUAGCAAACAUUUAUUUGGUGUCUUCAAAGAAGCUAGAUCAGCUUAUCGAGAAAGGAAGGCUGAAAUUCACGCAGAGAAAGCAGUCAAGAGCGCGGAGUUGGAAGCUCGUCGAGCCCUAGCCAACUACACCAUCUACGAUUCCCGCUCCGUUGCGUCCUCAAGAAGGCGCCUAGGAAGAACGAGAUCUGUGGUUAGGGACGGUGAACUGGAUCGUCAUCCCUCCCGCCGUUACCCUCACGACGUUGAAAAUGGUUCACCCUCCACACACAUUUACCCAGACCAAAUACCAAAACGAGAACUCUCACGGAGACACACUUCUCAUGAUGUUGCUGUUCAACGCCAGCAACACCAUCCCGGAACCCGGUCCCACUCUACUCCUCAUAUCGACAUGAACCUAGCUUAUGGUGAAUAUUAUCCUACAUCUUUAGAACUAAUCAGGAGCCCAAAUUCAGAGAAAGAUGUAAACGGACUGGUUGCCAAAGCCAAAGACCUCCUCGUCGAAGCCAAGUGUGCACAACACUCUGUGCAAGCUACGAUGGCCCACUUGCAGAAAAACCCCGAAGCCAUGGCUGCGGUCGCUCUCACACUGGCUGAAAUAAGCAACCUCGUCUCCAAACUAGCUCCAGGCGCACUGGCGGCGUUGAAAUCCAGCGCACCCGCUGUUUUUGCCCUAUUGUCAAGCCCCCAGUUCAUGAUUGCUGCUGGCGUCGGCGUCGGCGUUACCAUUGUUAUGUUCGGGGGAUACAAGAUUGUCAAGCGAAUUACUGCUGGCUCUGCCAAACCGGAAGGCAGCACGGAUGAGUUGAUAGAACUCAACCAGAACCUUAGCCACGUCGAGACAUGGAGGCGUGGUGUGGCCGAUUACGAAGCAGAAAGUGUUGCAACAUCUGUAGAUGGGGAAUUCAUCACACCACGAGCAGCUGCUGUGUCUGGAAUUUCGCCUCAUUGCCAUGCCAGCAACCUUCGCUCAGAGUAUGGUGGUCGACGAAGUGUCAGAGGCGUGGAGUCUAUCCGUGAUACCUCUUCGAAGUACAGCAAUACUACCAGAAGUUCCAGGCGGUCCAGGAGAGCCAAGGAGCCGACUGAUUCAGGUGAUAAGGACAGGAAAGACAAGAAGAGGAAGGACAAGACGAAAAAGCCAAGUCCUUUAAGACUUCUGUUCAAGCCUAGUAAAUAG